UUGAAUAGUAGAAGAAGAAGCUCUUCCUUCUCCCCCUGGUGCACUAGCUGAUGAACCUUCAACUGGACACAAAAUGAUUUUUAGUUUGCAAACUCUGACAGUGAGUUAAGUCGUGGUGGAGAUCACAAGACGUCGCCUGCAGGAGCGUGUUGACGGUUUGCUGCUCCUGUCAGAGCCCCAGGAUGAAGGUGAAGAUCCGGCAGUGGAACGGGGUGGCCUCCUGGCUCUGGGUGGCCAAUGAUGAAAACUGUGGGAUCUGCAGGAUGCCCUUCAAUGGCUGCUGCCCGGACUGCAAAGUGCCUGGCGACGACUGUCCGCUGGUCUGGGGUCAGUGCUCCCAUUGUUUCCACAUGCAUUGCAUCUUGAAAUGGCUGAACUCGCAGCAGGUCCAGCAGCAGUGCCCCAUGUGCCGACAGGAGUGGAAGUUCAAGGAGUGAACCAACAGAGGUGGUGCUGCUGUCUGCCGACAUAGACUUUCACAGAAGCCUCUUCAAGUGUCACAUUUCUGUUUCAGUUGUAAAUAAUGUGUUUAGACAAUGUUUUUGUACUUAUUCAUCUGGUCAAAUGCCAAGGACAUUUGGAAUAAAUUGCAUUUUUCUUAUAAAGAUAUGUGAUUGAAUAAAACACACAUGAAUUCUC